CCGCCAUAAACGCACCCGAUAUGUGCUAGUAAUAUCCUGUUUGCCAGUUUGUUGACCCUCUGUGUUCCUCUCCUGCAGGGUUUAGGAGCCGCUGCUGUGGACGGAGAGACGGGGACGUGAGCGGCCAUUGAGGGCGGCCAGGGUGCAGGUGAGCCCCCACCCCUCCAUCUACUCAGUGUGCGGGCUGAGCUUCGAGGGGCUGCGCUUCGGUGGAGGUCCACAUGAUGGGGCACAAAAAGGAGAAGUGUUAUGAGUGUGACGUGUGUGGUAAGGCCUGGGAGAGCCCGAGCGAUCUGGAGAUCCACCGGCGGGGUCACACGGGAGAAUGCCCGUUCGACUGCUCAGAGUGCGGCAAGAGCUUCAAGAUGGCGAAUGUCCUGAAGACACACCGGCAGGUGCACACGGGCGAGAUGCCCUAUGGCUGCUCUACCUGCAGCAAGAGCUUUGCCCAGUUGUCGGGGCUGAGGAACCACCAGAGGGUGCACAGCAGUGAGCGGCCCUUCACCUGCUCCGACUGCGACAAAGGCUUCAAGUCGUCGCCAGAGCUGAAGCAGCACCGGCGCGUGCACACCGGGGAGCGGCCCUACACCUGCUCCCAGUGCGGCAAGGGCUUAACCUCCUCCAACAACCUGAUAAACCACCAGCGCACCCACAACGGCGAGCGCCCCUACACCUGUGCGCAGUGCGGCAAGGUAUUUGGGGAAAUAAUAGCAAUUUGA